CAAAAUAAACUGUAAAGAACGAUGAGAGAACCAAGACCGUUGACGAAGUCAAUAACGAACAUCAACCGUCAGAUAUGAGGCGGCUCUAAUCUCAACCACACAAUCUUCCCAUCUUCUCUCUUCCUCUUCAUCUUCUUCCUCGCACUUACCGCGAAAACUCCAUCUCUGUUUACUCGUCUCAGUCUCUCAGUUGACUCUGUCUAUAUAUCUAAACGAUUCGGUAUACUUUCAGAUUCACUACUUCGAAACCCACUGAAGCUUGACUUGAACAAAUCGUCAACGCUUAUAUCGAGAGAGAGAGGGAAAUGAACACCGGCGGUGGUCAAUACACGGAUUUCCCGGCGGUGGAGACUCACGGAGGACAGUUCAUAAGUUACGAUAUCUUCGGUAGUUUAUUUGAGAUCACAUCUAAGUAUCGUCCUCCGAUUAUACCAAUUGGUCGAGGAGCUUAUGGAAUCGUUUGCUCUGUGUUGGAUACGGAGACGAACGAGCUUGUAGCGAUGAAGAAGAUAGCAAAUGCUUUUGAUAACCACAUGGAUGCUAAGCGUACGCUUCGUGAGAUCAAGCUUCUUCGUCAUCUUGAUCAUGAAAACAUUAUAGCUAUAAGAGAUGUGGUUCCACCACCACUACGAAGACAGUUCAGUGAUGUUUAUAUUGCUACUGAGUUAAUGGACACUGAUCUUCACCAAAUCAUCAGAUCUAACCAAGGUUUAUCAGAGGAACACUGUCAGUACUUCUUGUACCAGCUUCUUCGAGGGCUUAAGUAUAUCCACUCAGCUAACAUUAUUCAUAGGGAUUUAAAGCCGAGCAAUCUUCUGUUGAACGCGAAUUGCGAUUUAAAGAUCUGUGAUUUCGGUCUUGCUAGACCUACUUCAGAGAAUGACUUUAUGACAGAGUAUGUUGUGACGAGAUGGUAUAGAGCACCUGAGCUUCUGUUGAACUCUUCAGACUACACAGCUGCUAUUGAUGUUUGGUCUGUUGGUUGUAUUUUUAUGGAGCUUAUGAACAGAAAGCCUUUGUUCCCUGGUAAAGACCAUGUUCAUCAAAUGCGCUUAUUGACCGAGUUGCUUGGCACACCGACAGAAGCUGAUCUUGGCUUUACACACAACGAGGACGCCAAAAGAUACAUCCGGCAGCUUCCCAGCUUCCCUCGCCAGCCGUUAGCAAAACUUUUCUCUCAUGUUAACCCAAUGGCCAUUGAUCUAGUUGACAGAAUGUUGACGUUUGACCCCAACAGAAGAAUCACUGUUGAAGAAGCUCUGAAUCAUCAGUACCUUGCCAAAUUGCACGACCCAAGUGAUGAGCCAAUUUGUCAAAAGCCAUUCUCUUUCGAGUUCGAACAACAGCCUCUGGAUGAGGAACAGAUCAAAGAUAUGAUCUAUCAGGAAGCCAUAGCACUCAAUCCAACAUACGGUUAGAAGAGCAGCAGUCCCGUGAUUGCCGGUAUUACCUAAUAACUAUCCGAAUGGCUGCUUAGUAUCUUUGCCUGUUCUUUUAUUCAUGUACUUCAACAUAUAUAAAUCUUGUAAUUUUAUUUGUUUGUUCAUGUUAUUUACUACUAGUGAUUGAGUGUAGCUCCAAUGUAAAGUACUCAAGUUAUAAAUGCAUAUCUUCAGACUAUUUUCUACUUCA